AUGAUGCUGAGUCCAGACCAAGCCGCCGACUCGGACCACCCUAGCUCGGCGCACUCGGAUCCGGAGUCCCUGAGCGGCGCGGACGCCAAGGUGCUGGGCAGCGUGUCGGACCUGGAGCCGGUGGAGGAGGCCGAGGGCGACGGCAAGGGCGGCGGCCGGGCCGCGCUCUACCCGCACCCGCAGCAGCUGAGCCGCGAGGAGAAGCGCCGCCGCCGGCGCGCCACGGCCAAGUACAGGUCGGCUCACGCCACCCGCGAGCGCAUCCGCGUGGAGGCCUUCAACCUGGCCUUUGCCGAGCUCCGCAAACUGCUGCCCACGCUGCCCCCGGACAAGAAGCUCUCCAAGAUCGAGAUCCUGCGCCUGGCCAUCUGCUACAUCUCUUAUCUCAACCACGUCCUGGACGUGUAG